AUGUCGUCAAGAUCUGGCUCCUACUCUCGCCGCCCGCAUCCACGCCAACGUGAAUCUCCUCUCGACAGACACAGAAGCCGCCCGGAUUCCAAUCCGAAUUCCUAUGUUCCAGGGGUGGACAUUAUUACCAAUCCACCUCUCCCACCAUCACAUCCGAGUCGUUCGGCGAAUGCCGCUCGGAGAGCUGAGCGCAUCCGCAACAUUGACGAAUACAGCGGCUUCCAGAGAGCCCCCGAUCAGUCCAGCAACUACGAACAAAACCUACACACGAACAGUGCCCACAUCGACUCUCUGUGGGCUACUUUUGACGAGCUAGAACAAGCUUCCGACUUGACGAAUCUGCAGUUAAGGGACCUCUUGGACCUGACCAACCAUAACACCAUGAGCCACACCUUGCCACCAGGCAACGCCUCGCCGUUACCGAGAUCUUUUGACCCGCCAGACGAUAACCGUCGGAACAAGCGACGGAAGAUUGAUGCUGACCGACUUGCUCCCACCAUCUCGCGCAUCCGCUAUGGCAAAUACGGGUCAGUUGAGCCUGGGGCGCUGCGGAUGGAAAUCCUGAGCUGCGAUGGAGGCUCGUACGCAUCAUCCAACCCGUCUUCUUAUGUGGCCGAGAACCUUUUGAGGAAUGAUGAGACUGUAUACUGCACCAAGGGAAACAGGUGCAAUGUUGUGCUCCGUCACGAAGGCGGGGCACCCUUCACUCUACAUGAGCUCGUCAUCAAGGGCCCUACUUCGGUAAAUUAUUCGCAUCCGAUACGUGAGGGCAUGGUCUUCGUAGCUAUGCGCCAGGAUGAGGUUCUCACCCGCACCGCCCAAUAUCAGAUCCAAUACUCGCAACGAGACCCUCUGGCGACAACUCCAGAGCGAGAAGACCCCACUGUCAGGCCCGGUCGUUACGGCCGUGAUCCGAUACCCAUGGCAAGAUUUAGGCGGUCUCAGGCGAACGGAAGUGAAGACGAAGGCUACCGCAUGGCCCAGAUGCCCCCGGAAUUCUCCACCAUCAUCCCCGAGUUUGGUGUAACGACACUGUGCAACGAUGACGACCUAGAUGAACACGGCCGCCACAUCACCCGCCGAGCCCCGAACCGAAUUGGCUCCCUCCCCUUCGAGUCCCGUGACUCCGAUGAAGAAAACAACAAUACCAACGCCGCCAAUAUUGCCACUUACAACUACAGUCCCUCCGUCAUGGAUUUCGACGACUUCCUCGCGGCCGAACAUCAAGGAAACCCCUCCCACCUCCUCAGACUCGCUCGCGAGCAGCGUGAGCGCCGCGAGCGUCGUGAAAACCUGAGGGAAACCCCAAGCUCAAAUCAGAUCCUGCAUCAACUCACAAGAGAAACCCAAAACGUUGUCCAGAGCCGGAGUCAGCCCUCGGAUACCAUGGCCAUGUCCUUCGCAGAGGCCCUCGAGGCGCACAACAAUGCCACCCAGGAGGCGGUCCGAGCAGUCGGCGGCGAGCUCCUCGCACCCCAUGCCCGCUUCUACAUCGACAAGCGCAGCAGCACGUGCUCACUCACCUUCGACCCGCCAGUCUCGGGCCGGUUCAUCCUCCUCAAGAUGUGGAACUCUCACCACGACCCCUCUAGCAAUAUCGACAUCCAGACUGUCAUGGCCCGGGGCUACGCGGGAGGCCGGUAUUUCCCCACUGUUGAUUUCCUCUAG